AAACUAGUGUAGUUUUAUUUACGUCUUUUCGUUAACAGAACCACAUAACUGGUUAAUACACAAUAUACAUAAAACAAACUAUUUACUUUGAUUCUGAAACUACUAAGAGUUAUGUGUUUAUUUAAUCCAAAGGAAUUUUCUGUAACUGACGUAACAUUCGUCCAAUCAGGAUUGUUGGUUUUGCUACUUCCGAAGUCAUUUUGACCAAGGAAAGUAUGUGUAUGAGCAAUAUUACAAGUAGUCUUACUUUGAACAAUAUCCGGUUUCAUGGCAGUCGCCUUGACUCGUUAGCAUUAGCUCUUUGCUAGCCCACAAUGACUUCACCUUACUCUUCAACUUUUGUGCUUCCAACUAAACAAACUUAUUUAUCUCGUGUUAUUGACGCGCAUGCAGCUAUGCUAUGCUAACGCUAAUCUUGCGGCCAGUAUUUCUAUUGGGACUUGACAAGAACAAUGAGGGCCCUUCGUGCUGCUAAAACACUUUUGUUCCCUUUGCCUCGUUCUGUCAGUCCAGCAACAGCAGGUCCAAACAGACUUGCCUGCACGGCUCCUCCAGAGAAGAAGAAUGGACCAUCCAUGCUGCGACACCUGACUUCCAAAAUAAAAGCCACUGGUCCAAUUUCAGUGGCCGAGUACAUGAGGGAGGCGCUCACCAACCCAGUGACGGGUUACUAUGUGAGGAACGACAUGCUGGGAGCCGACGGAGACUUCAUCACCUCACCUGAGAUCAGUCAGAUCUUUGGAGAGCUGCUGGCCGUGUGGAUCAUCAGUGAGUGGAUGGGGGCGGGUCGGCCCAAAGAUCUUCAGCUCGUUGAGCUGGGACCAGGAAAAGGAUCUUUGGCCAGUGACGUUCUUCGAGUUUUGAGUCAGCUCCAGUCCGUCCUGAACGGGGCUUCGGUGUCGCUCCACCUGGUGGAGGUAAGUCCGGCUCUGAGUCGCCUCCAGGCUCAAAGUCUGACUGGGACCAGCAGCCAUGAGGCAGCCGGCGAGGAUGAGCCCGUUUACCGUCACGGACGGACCGCCGGCGGCCUGCAGGUGUUCUGGUACCGCCGCUUAGAGGACGUCCCUCGUGGCUUUAGCAUCUUUCUGGCUCACGAGUUCUUCGACGCUUUGCCCAUCCACAAGUUUCAGCGCACCAAGAGAGGCUGGAGGGAGGUGAUGGUGGACAUUGACCCAGACAAACCCGGCCAACUAAGGUUUGUGGUGGCGCCAUCGCCCACUCUGGCGUCCACCACACUGGUGCAGGCAGAUGAAAGGCGGGAUCACGUGGAGGUGUGUGCAGAGGGCGGACUCAUCAUCCAGCAGCUGGCCCGGCGGGUGGCAGAGGAGGGCGGGGCGGCGUUGAUCGGCGACUACGGCCACGACGGAAGCAAGACGGACACGUUCCGAGGGUUCAAAGGUCACCAGCUCCAUCAGGUCCUGGCGGCUCCGGGCUCGGCCGACCUCACUGCCGACGUGGACUUCAGUUACCUGCGCCGCAUGGCAGGAGGAGGCGUGGCCUGCUUGGGACCGGUUAGCCAGAGGACUUUCCUGAAGAACAUGGGCAUCGACAUGCGCAUGCAGGUUCUGCUGAGGAACUGCAGCGACCCUUCUACCAGACGCCAGCUGAUCAGCAGCUAUGACGUGCUGACCCACCCCACCAAGAUGGGCGAGCGCUUCCUGUUCUUCGGCCUGCUGCACCUCAGCCGCCUCGCCAAGCCCAAGAUGGCCGCCGGGCUAGAACUGGAGAAGAAAAGCCCGGCACAGCUUCCUGUCGCCGGAUUCACAGAGAUGGGUCUCUGCUAAUCUACUUAGAACCUGCUGUGGAGAUGGGAACAGAACCUCCAUGACAAAAGUUCAACAUGCCAAAGUUCUGAAGUCAAAGGUCAUGAAGGAGGUGGCGGAGGAGCAGCUGAAGACCACAGAUCAGUAGAACUUCAAGAGUAUGAAUAAAGGUUCACAUUGAAGAUGGUUGUUAGCAGCAUGCCAUCAAAGGAGAAGAAGAAAGAUCCUCUGGAUCCUGCUGGAGGUGUGAGAAUGAAUAAAAAAGGGUUUUGUCAUCACUGCCGUCUCCAUGGAGAUGUUUCCCAGACCGCCACUAGGGGUCCUCGUCCAUGUGGUCCAGGUUGUGUGAGGCGAUGAAGUGUUUUGGGUAGUAGAGGUCUCUCUCCUCGGCGUAUUCCUCCCAGCGGGCGUCGUCGCUCUCGUGUGUGAUGUAGCGCUCGCCGCGUCGCGUCUCAAACUCCCGCAGGUCCAGCCAGGUGUGGUAGUCCUGCGAGACGGAUGGGAGGCUCAGUCCAAGCCGGUCGGGAGAUGCGGGUCAUGUGACGCGUACCUGCAGCCAGGGGUGACUCAGCGACUUGUCCACGCUGAAACGCUUCCUCAUCUUCACCUGCAGCAGGUUGUUGAUCAGGUUGGUCGCUAUGGAGACGACAGGGAGAACCUUCUUAACGCUGAACAUGAUUUUUAAGACGCGUGUGAGAUGUCUUAUUGACAAUAAACAAUCUUGAA